UCCUUUCCUCAAUGACCUUAAAGAGUUGAAAGAUUUGAUCCUAUCUGUCCACUUUUUUACGAAACAUAAUCUUAUAAAUAUCGGUGCCUGACAAAAUAAAACACAAUCUUAAAACCUUUUCUCUCCCUUUACACUCACUCCUCUUCUGACCUCAAUUUAACAUUUUGCUGUUCAAAAAUGGAUGAGAAUUCUUUGAUCAUUAUAGCUAGUACUGUUAUAAUGGUACUAGCAAUAGCGAAAUUUCUAGCUUUAAGAAAAUCAUAUCCUACUGGAACGGAAUGGCCGGCAGGUCCAAAAACGCUACCUCUAAUUGGAAACCUUCACCAAUUAUGGGGAGAUCUCUUUCAUGUUGUUUUGGCAAACUUAGCCAAAGUUCAUGGAGGUGUUUUUACAAUAUGGUUAGGAAGUUGGAAUCCAGUAAUCAUCGUAAGCGACGUCAACAGUGCUCGAGAAGUUCUUCUUACUAAAUCUUCUGAUUAUUCAUCUAGAAAUUAUCCUGAAUAUCUUACAGUCCUUUCGGAAGGUAAUGACAGUAUUAAUGGUUCUGAUUGCGGUCCAUUUUGGCAUAAUUUAAGGAAAGGUCUUACUAGUGGUGCAUUAAAUCCUCUUAAUGUUACAUCUCAGUCUCAUUUACAAGAAAGCGACAUGCAAAAUCUUAUCAGAUCCUUGCAAGAAAAUGCGUCACGGGAGAAGGGGAUUUUAAAACCUCUUGAUUAUGUUAAGAAAGAGGCUAUUCGAUUACUAAAUCGACUUAUAUUCGGUCAAGAUUUCUCCAAUGAUGAGGAUUUUAUUGUCGGUAUCCAUCACACCGUCCAUCAUUUGAUAAGCAUAGGUGGGUUCGCAAAUCUAGCUGACGCAUUUAAGAUUGGCGAAUACGUACCGAGGCAUAGAAGAUACAUUCGCGGGCUUAAUGAUGUAGGUGAACAGGCUGCAAAAUUGAUUCUUCCACAUAUCGCAGCUAAACCUCCUACGAACAGUUACUUACAUUUUCUUAAGUCUCAAGAUUUUAGUGAAGAUGUUAUUGUCUCUCUUAUUCUUGAAGUUUAUGGUUUCGCAACAGACAGUAUUGCAUCAACAAUAGUUUGGGCACUCACAUAUUUGGUACGGGAACCAAAAAUUCAAGAAAAGCUGUACCGCGAGAUCAAGGACGUUACUGGUGGGACUAGACCAGUAAAAAUUGCAGAUUUGAACAAAAUGUCGUAUUUGAAAGCUGUGAUGAAGGAAACGAUAAGGAUGAAACCCCUUGGACCAAUGGCAAUUGCUCAUAAAGCAACGAAAAACACUUCAUUAAUGGGGAGGAAAAUCGCUAAGGAUACACCAGUGAUGGUUAAUAUUUACGCUAUUCAACACAACUCUGAAGUUUUUCCGGAGCCAUAUAAGUUCAUCCCAGAGAGAUUCUUAAAUGAUGUGAAUAGUGAUGGAAGUUUGGGUGAUAUAGAAACAAUGGAACGUUCAUAUUUAGCAUUUGGCGCUGGUAUGAGACUUUGUGCAGGUAUGGAUAUAGCUAAACUUAGUAUAUCAUUUGGUAUUGCGAGUUUGGUUAAUGAGUUUAAAUGGGAUUGUGUUUCGGAUGGAAAAUCGCCUGAUGUUGAUGAAGAUCUUAGUUUGAUUCUCUUAAUUAAAAACCCACUUGAAGCGAGAAUUACUCCCCGAGUUUAUUAAUCAUCAUAUUGAUCUUUUGAUUAAUCAACCAAGUUUCAAGUACGUUCUUCUAGUACCAAGAAGUUUCGGGUUCAAUCCUAUUUUGGUUACUAAAGUUACGUGGGCUUUGCUGUCAACAAGCAUCUUCAAUUAUUAUUUUCUAUGUAAGAUGUUUAUUUCACGUAUUCUGUAUUCUGGUAAUAAAUCUUUAUUAGCAUCGUGUUGUACUUCCAUUCUCUUAAUAAAACUUUGAUGCACAAUGCUUUUGCUUUUUA